CCUCGUGUCUCCAUCGCCAUAUUCACCCCAGCACAUCGCAGCAUCGUCGCCUGAUUGAUGCCUCCUCAAUGGACUGAGCAUUGACGUCCUUGGGGCUUUCUCGUCACACACAAUUUGCAGUGAGACGUGUCCAAGCCGUCACUCCCACCUCCUCCACAGCACACGACAUUCCUCACCAUGUCCGCUGAUCCCCGGCUGCGGGCGAGGCAACAGCAGCCUGUGCUUGCGCCUGCCCCUCCACCUCCUCCACCGCCGCCAAUGGAGCCUCAACCCAUUGCUAUGGACGGCGCGAAUGAUGCGCCGGCAAACAGCAACAUGGUGCCCGACGACAAGUUCAAGCUCAAGUUCUGCACCGUGUGCGCCAGUAACCAGAACCGAUCCAUGGAAGCUCAUCUCCAGCUCGCCUCUGCCAAUCUCCCUACCAUCUCUUUUGGCACUGGGUCGCUCGUGCGCCUACCCGGCCCGACCAUCACCCAGCCCAACGUGUACAACUUCAACAGUACCACCUACCGUGCUAUCCACGAUGAGCUUGCCCAGCAAAACACUGCGCUCUACACGCACAAUGGCCUGCUGAAUAUGCUCGGUCGCAAUCUCAAUAUCAAGGGUUUCCCAGAGCGAUUCCAGGAUUGGGUUCCUGGUAAACCGCGCCUGGAACAUGGCGAGGAUAAGGGCUUUGAAGGUACCGAGGCUGGGGUCGUCGAUAUCGUCUUCACGUGUGAAGAGCGCUGCUUCGAUGCCGUGCUAGAAGACUUGCACAACAAAGGCGGAAAGCUCAACCGUCCCGUCCACGUCUUCAACGUGGACAUCAGGGAUAAUCACGAAGAGGCGCUCGUUGGCGGUAAAGCAAUCCUCGACCUAGCGUUGAGUCUCAACGAGGCUGCAGGCAAGGAGAGGGAGGAACUUGGCGAGAGUGGCUGGGCGGCAGGCGGAGGAGCCGCUCGAUCGGGCUUUGAUGAGAAGGUUCCCGACAUUCUCGCUGCUUGGCAGGAGCGGUGGCCGCACAUGCCUGCGCUGUGGAGUUUGGCGUGGUUUUAGUCGCACUCACCAAUGGCGUCGGUUGUCUUUCUUUUUUUUAUGAACAUAUUUCGAUACCCAGGAAGCAUAGCAAGGCGUUU